UAUUCAUUAGCAAUUCUAUCCCUCUCUAGUCUCUAGUUACUCUUUCAGCUUUUCUCUUUCUGCCUUCUUAGUUUCUUUCUAGUUGUGACAAAAGAGAGAAAUGGCAAAAUCACUAGAGGUUGAGCACCCCAAGAAGGCCUUUGGCUGGGCUGCCAAGGAUACUUCUGGGCACCUCUCGCCCUUCCAAUUCUCAAGAAGGGCAACAGGAGAGAAGGACGUAACAUUUAAAAUUCUAUAUUGUGGAAUAUGUCACUCUGACCUCCACAUGGCCAAAAAUGAAUGGGGCAUGUCUACCUACCCACUAGUUCCUGGGCAUGAGAUUGUGGGUGUAGUGACAGAAGUGGGAAGCAAGGUACAAAAGUUCAGAGUUGGAGACAAAGUUGGUGUUGGCUGCAUGGUUGGAGCAUGUCACUCUUGCGAUAGCUGUGCCAACGAACUUGAGAAUUACUGCCCCGAUAUGAUCCUCACCUAUGGCGUCAAGUACUUUGAUGGAACCAUCACACAAGGAGGCUACUCAGACAUCAUGGUUGCCGAUGAGCACUAUGUGGUCCGUAUUCCAGACAACCUUCCACUUGAUUCUGGUGCCCCUCUCCUUUGUGCUGGGAUCACAGUGUACAGUCCCUUGAGAUACUAUGGGCUUGACAAACCUGGUAUGCAUGUGGGUGUGGUUGGUCUUGGUGGUCUAGGCCAUGUUGCAGUGAAGUUUGCCAAAGCUAUGGGGGUUAAGGUGACAGUGAUCAGUACUUCAGUUAACAAGAAGAAGGAAGCUUUGGAACAUCUUGGUGCCGAUUCGUUUUUGGUUAGCAAAGACCAAGAUGAGAUGCAGGCUGCCCAAGGCACAAUGGAUGGUAUCAUUGAUACAGUCUCUGCUAUGCAUCCCCUCCUGCCUCUAAUUGGUCUGUUGAAGUCACAAGGAAAGCUCGUUAUGGUUGGUGCACCAGAGAAACCGCUUGAAUUACCAGUCUUUCCUUUACUCAUGGGAAGGAAGCUAGUUGGUGGUAGUUGCAUUGGGAGCAUGAAGGAGACACAAGAGAUGAUUGAUUUUGCAGCCAAACACAACAUAACUGCUGACAUUGAGGUUAUACCAAUUGAUUAUGUGAAUACUGCCAUGGAGCGUCUUGCGAAAGCGGAUGUCAGAUAUCGAUUUGUCAUUGACAUCGCGAACACAUUGAAGUCAAGCUCUUGACUUUUUGCUGCCUAGCUUUUGAGUAUGGCUCACUGACAAGUUGAUGAUAUGUAUUCAGUUGUCUCAGUUCCAUUAUUUCCCUGUCUUGCUUUUCUGUUUUUUGAACAAGGGAUCAAUGUAUUAAGUCUCAUUUCUACAUAGAUAAUAAUAAAUUUGAUUUGCUUGUUUGCGUUUUAAAUAACAGGACGUUAUUGUGUC